CGGGGGUUGCGGGGAACAGACUGUAAUAUAAAUAUAUGUAUGAUCUGGAACAAAUGAGGACACAGUUCUCAGCUGGUUUGUAAGAAAGAAGGAAAAUGGCAGGUCCUCAGUGUUGUGAGUCGCCUCCACCACGAGACCAUCCUACCGUCGGUGUUGGAAAGCUCGAGGCCUUCCAUGACUUGACGGCUUAUGUCACUGGUUCCCCCGACGCCACUACCACUAUCAUUCUCGUCGCCGACGUUUUUGGAUAUGAGGCUCCAAAUUUAAGGAAGCUUGCUGACAAAGUAGCGGAAGCUGGAUACUUUGUGGUUGUUCCUGAUUAUUUUAAUGGGGACCCAUAUGUCCCAGACCGUGGUACCAUUCAAGACUGGCUCAAGAAUCAUGGGCCGGAGAAAGGAUUCGAGGACUCUGUAAAAAUUAUCGACAUUUUGAAGAGCAGGGGCAUAACUAGUAUUGGAGCAAGUGGCUUUUGCUGGGGAGCCAAGGUGGUAGUGGAGCUAACCAAAGGGGUGGAUAUAAAAGCAGGAGUGUUAUUGCAUCCAUCAUUUGUUACCGUUGAUGAUAUUAAAGCGGUUAAAGUGCCAAUAGCAAUUUUGGGAGCAGAAAUUGACAGGAUUUCACCACCUGAACUUGUAAAGCAAUUUGAAGUUAUUUUGUCAGAAAAAUCAGAGGUAGAUAGCUUUGUGAACAUUUAUCCUGGAGUUGCUCAUGGCUGGACUGUAAGAUACGAUGAGAAAGAUGAAAUUGCUGUAGCUAAUGCGGAAUUGGCACACAAAAAAAUGUUGGAAUGGUUUGAGAAAUAUUUGAAGUGAGAAGAUAAUGCAAAUAUAUUUUAACUUAAAUAUUGAGAAUGCACUCCUCUUUAUUGCAUAGUAUAUAAAGGAAAUGCAGUCUUCCACUAGAGUGCUUUUAAUGUUUACUUGUUUGUCGAUUUAAAAUGUAUUGUUUGUAAAAUGUCUUGGGAACAAUGGUGACAACAGUCAUGGUGUAUCAUUUCCUUGACAUUGUAUUUAUCUGUAAUUAUUAAUUUUUAUGGUUGAUGUCUACGUGAAGAAAUACUAGUCUUAUUGAAAAAUGCCAAGUUAAUUGUUUGUUUGACUGUA